GACCCCUCACUACGGGGUUACGCCCCGCCCCAUUUCACGUCUUCACGAGGCCGGAUCACAGCCGGGUUGCGAGUAACCGUCGCCCACGAAAGGUCCACCACCCGACCUGAUCUCUGCCUCUCCCUUCGGCCUUGGCGUUGUGGCAACGACACCCCAAGCAGACUGCGCACCAAACACCCGCCGCGCACGGUCCGCCCGCCCCCCAACAAAAAGCUACGGCCUCUCUGCUCUCGGGAGCACGGAUGGAUCCCAGGUUAAGGGCAGUGCUGAGCCAUGGGGGUGCAGGCGGUGGCGGGGCGAGGGGAGGAGGAGGCGGCGACGCGCACUACAGGGGCGUGAGGAAGCGGCCGUGGGGCAGGUACGCGGCCGAGAUCCGCAACCCGUGGAAGAAGACGCGGGUGUGGCUGGGCACGUUCGACACCCCCGUGGAGGCCGCCCUCGCGUACGACCGCGCCGCGCGCACCUUCCGCGGCGCCAAGGCCAGGACCAACUUCCCCGACAGCGCCGGCGCCAACCACCACCGCAGCCCGCACCACAUGGCGCCACUCCCGCGCCAACCCCCGCCGCAGGCCGCCGUCACGUUCGGCGCCGUCGGCCUCGACUGCCCUUCGCCGUGGCAUUUCGUCUACUUGCUGCCCCCAGCAGCCGUGGCCACGACGCCGCCGGUGGCCGCGCCGCCGCCGUCGACCGCGCUGGAGCUCGGCACGGGCCAAAGCCGCGGCGGCCUGCCGUUCGACCUCAACGAGGCGCCGUCGUGCUGACGACCCGGAUCGUGGCGCGGCAGCUGCAGAUGUGGUGAGCAGGUGAGGUGACAGGUGAGGGCCGGGCGGGGAGCACUGGUCCGGCUAGCUGUACAUAGCUAUUUAAGGAAGGAUGAGCCCUGUCUUUGUACGGCUCGCUCACCUGUUCUCGUUUAAGCGUUGCCAUUCUGUGUCGGCAACAAUGGUGGCUCGGCAACAAUGGUGGGUGGAGAGGCUAGAGAGCGGAUGCUAAUUUCACCGCAGCAGGAUGGUGGUGUUUGGCGCGGGGAACGAAAGCGGCAGUGGGUUCGGGUGGGUGCCUGGAGGGAAGCUCGAUUCGCAGGCACUGACGGCGCCGCGAGGAGGGCGCUCUCGUGCGGUCGUCGUGCGCGCCCACCGCCCAGGCCGCUGCUGUACUUUUUUCGGGCAGACGGCUCGCCCCAGUAUUACCACUUGCACA